AUGAAUUUUGUGAUCAAGUCACAAAUUGAGACAAGUUUUGUCCUCAUUCUUCACAUUUCAAAUGAAUUUGAGUACUCAUUUGUUAUCAUUGGUACUAAAGGACUUAUGAUGCGGGUGCCAAGUGCGCGGCGCUUCAUUACAGCGCUAUGUAUGCUCAUGCUUGUAGCUAAAGGCUCUCAAAAGCUUCGUAUAUUCGUCGUGUCUAUCGUGACGCGAUUAAACAAACUAAAAGCAGCUGGAACGACGGCGAAUAAGCCGUCCUGGAGACUAUUUAGCGUUUUUUUAAGCGAUUUAAGUACCCAUCGCGUCGGGAAAGUGCUUCUGGCGGACAACCACUGCAUCGUUGAGGCCAAAAAUGGCAUCGAGACGUACAAGGUACUCUUGCCACCACAGACAAAAAAUACUUAUCUUAUAGAUGUACUCGCUCGAUCUGGAGUAGAUUUUGGUUCCGUAACGCCAUCGGUUACUAGUAGAUUGGUGCCAUUGGCGUUGACAUUGGUGCCAUUUUUGUACUUGGGGCUUACCUACAAAAUGUUGCGUAGGAUGUUCGGCACAGAUGUUGGAGCUAUAGGUAAAGAUGGCACCAAGAAAGUGCGCAAGAAGCAACAGAUCGAAACCAUUUCAUUUGACAAUGUGGCAGGAAUUGAUGGAGCCAGGAAGGAACUGGAGGAAGUUGUCGAUUUCUUGAGGAACCCAGCUCGAUACCAGGCUAUUGGAGCUAAAGUUCCGAAGGGUGUGCUAUUAUGUGGCCCGUCAGGGACGGGUAAAACACUGUUGGCCAGAGCUGUAGCUUCUGAAUCGGGUGUAGCGUUCUUGUUUUGCUCAGCCUCGGAUUUUGUAGAGAUGCUGGUGGGAAGAGGAGCUGCUCGAGUGCGAAACCUCUUUACUCAGGCUUCGGAGUAUCCGCAGUGUAUCAUCUUUAUCGACGAAAUUGAUGCGCUGGCUAAAGCCCGUGGGGGUCUUAAUUCAAACGAUGAACGUGAGCAGACACUGAAUCAGUUGUUAACGGAGAUGGAUGGAUUCGAAGGAAAUGCCAACGGAGUUAUCGUGAUUGCUGCUACGAAUCGACCUGAGGUGCUCGAUCCGGCAUUGUGUCGUCCUGGUCGCUUUGACCGCCAUGUGUACGUCGGAUUACCUGACACCAAAGGUCGUGAGGCAAUUCUAGAGGUGCACUGUCGCAACGUGCGUCUUGACAGCGAAAUAAACCUGUCUGUUAUCGCGAAGAAAUGCGGUCAGCUUGGUCAGCGCUCAGGAGCUCAAUUGGCAAGCCUCGUCAAUGAGGCUGCGUUGAUGGCCGUGCGGCACGGCAAAACCAGCAUCAAGCUCACACACUUUGAGCUCGCGAUGAAUCGCGCUUUCGAGUCACAGAGGCGCAGCAUCGCUGGAUCAUCUUUCGAGUUCAUGACGGAAGAAAGUGAAGCCAUGACGCAUGCUACAGGACGUGCUUAA